AAUUAACUAACUUUAGCAAAAAUCCUUAUCUAUCCUGUAAUGUCGUUUUUCUUAUAAUGUAAUCACGGUAUUACGUGACCGUGACUGUGACGUCACGCGGCAACUCGUAAAUGUAAACAAUAUCCUGAAAAGCAAAAGCCCAGAUAUUUUUGAUUUUCACCAUGGCUAAAAUUAUAAAUAACAAAAGAACGGCCAUGUUUGAUAACGAUGAGUUUGAAGUUGACGAACUCGGUGCUGAAACUGAGGCUGAAAAACAAAUGAAAGUUAUUUUGCAAAAGCAACUAAAUACAAAUUUAUCUUUAAAUGAGCAAUUUUCCCAGCAUCGCACUUUUGUCAGUCCAAGUACCUUGAAUUCUUUAACUGAACUUGUGCAUGGGACAUGUAAUUUAGAAAAGUUCAAACAGAUUGAACAAGAUGAAGAAGUGAGACAGGAACUUCAACGAUGUGGACUCACUGAUGAGGAAAUAGUUACUUACCUUGAUUUAAAGACAGAAAAGAAAGAUAAUCAUCGAAUAUUUAAUCCAGAAGUAAGAAAAGAAUUUCUUCAAAAAGUGGAACAAAAAAUAAAACUACACAAUGAAAGUCUUCUCAAACCUCAAGAGUUCAAAAAUGUGAAGAAGCUAACACGUCAUGAAAUCGAAAUUGAACGCUCACUUUAUUCUGGUUGUUCAGAUAAAAGCAAGUUGUCUUCAUUAGUGUCAGCACAGACUUCAUUUGAGCCAGAUGGACCUUACAGUUACAUUAAAAAACUUUCAGAUAAAUUGACAGAUAAAACUAGAAGGAAGAAGAAAAAGAAAUUGGUAGAAGCCAGUCAAUCUUUGCCGUCUGAUUCACUAUCAGUGGAAAAUGAAAGCAUCCAAUAUGAUCCCAAUGUACAUCAUGUUAAUAUACCCUUAGAAGAGAAUGAAGUAAAUGAAAAUCGCUUGUCAGCUGAUGAAAUUAAGAAGUUACCAAGGUUUGAAAACCAUACCAUUGGGCAACCAAAUAAAACUCUCUAUCUUAAAAAUUUGCACAGUAAAACUACAGCAAAUGAACUUCGCUCCCUAUUUGGCCAGUUUGAAGCAGAAAAUGGUGUUCCUAUUUAUUAUAAAGUAUGUACAGGGAAAAUGAAAGGUCAAGCAUUUAUUACUUUUUCAAAUUCUGGUGUUGCUGAGAGAGCUCUUCACUUUGCUAAUGGUUACAUAUUGCGAGAGAGACCUAUUAUCAUAGCAUUUGGUAAACAAUGAUUAGAUGACUUCAUCAUCUUUUUUGAUUAUAA